AUGACACCAGUAGAGACAAAAGUAGAGGCAAUCUAUGACACCAGUAGAGACAAAGUAGAAGCAAUCUAUGACACCAGUAGAGACAAAGUAGAGGCAAUCUAUGACACCAGGAGAAACAAAGUAAAGGCAACCUAUGACACCAGUAGAGACAAAGUAGAAGCAACCUAUGACACCAGUAAAGACAAAGUAGAGGCAAUCUAUGACACCAGUAGAGACAAAGUAAAGGCAAUCUAUGACACCAGGAUAAACAAAGUAAAGGCAACCUAUGACACCAGUAGAGACAAAGUAGAGGCAACCUAUGACACCAAUAGAGACAAAGUAGAAGCAACCUCUGACACCAGUAAAGACAAAGUAGAGGCAAUCUAUGACAUCAGUAGAGACAAAGUAGAGGCAACCUAUGGCACCAGUAGAGACAAAGUAGAGGCAACCUAUGACACCAGUAGAGACAAAGUAGAGGCAACCUAUGACACCAGAAGAAACAAAGUAGAGUCAAACUAUGACACCAGAAGAAACAAAGUAGAGGCAACCUAUGACACCAGUAGAGACAAAGUAGGGACAACCUAUGACACCAGGAGAGACAAAGUACAGGCAACCUAUGACAUCAGUAGAGACAAAGUACAGGCAACCUAUGACACCAGUAGAGACAAAGUAGAGGCAACCUAUGACACCAGGAGAGACAAAGUACAGGCAACCUAUGACAUCAGUAGAGACAAAGCAGAGGCAACCUAUGACACCAGGAAAAGCAAAGUAGAGGCAACCUAUGACACCAGAAGAAACAAAGUAGAGGCAACCUAUGAAACCAGUAGAGACAAAGUAGAAGCAACCUUUGGCACCAGUAAAGACAAAGUAGAGACAACCUAUGACAACAGUUGA